AUGUUCCUUGUCGCCGGCGCCAUCACUUUCCUCUGGGGUGUUGCCCUUUUGUGGAUCUUCCCGGACACGCCCCAAAACGCCAAGGGAUGGACUGAGGAGGAGAGGGUCAUUCUUCUGGAGAGAGUCAAGCGCGACAACGUGGGUGGCGAGCACCCCAACUUCAAGCUGAACCAGGCUAUUGAGGCUGUGUGCGAUGUCCAGUUUUGGGUUCUCUUCGUCAUGGCUCUCCUGUCGACCACUGGCGCCGCGGUCAUGACCAUCUUUUCAUCCGUCGUCUUCGCCGGCAUGGGUUUCGAUGCCUAUACCUCGAUUUUGCUCAACCUCCCCACCGGCGUGAUGGCUUUCAUCGCCAUUCUCGGCUCGGGCUGGCUCGGAAGCACCAAGUUUGGCAGGCUCAACACUCUAUCCGUGGCUUGCCUUCCAGUCAUCCUUGGCUGUGCUCUUUUGUGGAGAUUGCCCAACAAUAUGCGUGCCGGACGCAUUGUUGGCUUGUACUUGAUCAACUUCUUCUCCUCGGCCUGGAUUCAGUGCAUCGCCCUCGGCACCUCGAACGUGGCCGGGUACACGAAGAAGGGUGCCUACGCCGCUGGCGUAUGGAUUGGGUAUUGUGUCGGAAACAUUAUGGGUCCUCUCCUGUUUAGCGCUAAAUACGCACCCCGGUAUAACGAGAGUUUCACCGGCAUUCUCAUCUGCUUCGCGACUCUCUCCGUCAUUUCUCUCGGUCUGAGAGUUUUCUCUCCCGGAAGAAUAAGAAGCGGAAUGAGAAGUAUGGCGUCCCUCAAUUCCAACAUGGUCUUGAAGAUAUGA